AUGUUUUCACUCAUUUUCUUGCUUAUCCUUCUGAAAAUCACGUCAUCAGUUCCGGUAGUAGACCCCGAAUUCGAAGAAUACGAUAAUUGGCUUCAAAGGAAUCGAAGUAUUCUCAUGAUGAAGCACCUGCCGAAGAACGCGAAUUACACAUGGAAAGAAUAUUUCACAAGCUGGAAUAUGGUGUAUGAGAAGGAGAUGGCAAGAAAAGAAUUGUCAUUUGAGGCUGCGGAAUUCAUCGAACAUACACUAUCUACCAUCGACAGCACAACUCCAACAGUCAUUAAUUUCGAUGUCUCGUUGAAAUUUUCUCCGAAUCGGACUGGAUGGUCUCAAUUGGACAGAAGGAUCAAGGAAGUGCCGAAUGAUUUCAGAAUCCAUAUUACCUGGUCUGCUGAAUAUUAUGGCUCUGAAACGAUUGAAGAAUGGUGUAAAAUGGGAAGCCGCGAGACAAUAAAAAUGGGAGGAAAUAUCACCAUCAAAAACGUUCUCCACGGCGUCAAUGUUACUUUCACCUGCCCGUUCUCCAUGUAUCACGCAGUUCGGAAUGUAUUCAUUGUAGAAACGAAAAACUCGUGGCGUUUCUCCAAGUUCUUUUAUAUUUCUGUUAUUGCCCUUGUUGUAUGUGCUCUGAUUGGAAUCGUGGUGCUUAUUCUAGUUUUAUGUGAGAGAAGGGAUCGGAAGUUGAGUCAAAUGGAAUGCAACGAUCAUUGGGCAAAAUUUCGCUACACUCAAAACUACUAUCGUUUCGAUACCACUCCAGCAGACACUCCAGAAGAAUUCGAUCACAACCACAACGAGACGGAAGUGCCGAGCGAGAAAGAAGACUUUGUUCCAGUACGGAAAUAA